CCGCCAAUUAAAUCAGUGGACUGGAACUAACUGCUGUAUAAUGUCAUUUGUUUCAUUUGAUGUGAUACGGUUCAAAGCAAAGUGUAAGCAUAAAAAAGAUCUGCACUGAGGCCUUUAGACAGUGUUUGUGCCUUUAGCUUCAAAUACAUGACGAUGACAAUGCUUUUGUCAAACAAAAUUUGGAGUUGGAGACACCAGGGCCAUUUAGCAGGUAUACAAUUACGUUGCCAUUUUACAUGUAUUUAGUUUAUAUAUAGCUGUUAAUAGCUGUUUUUUGAAUACAUAAUGGCUGACGAAUCUGAUUUGGUUGCAGAUAUACUUACAAGGCUAUUUUAAAACGGACUUGUCAAGAUAAGCUCAACACUGUGGCGAAAGGUCAGCCAAAACAGUUAAAAACUGUUGUUAAGAUUUUUCAAGAACCAUUUUUACUUUUGUGUAUUCUUUCCUGUAGAAUUUGCACAAAAAUGAACAAUUUGCCUUCAUUUCAAAUACCCAGGAAAACCAUAAUCCCUGGUGUUUCUGUUGUUGUGGAACUCGCAAAGUACUACAAAACUGCAACCAGGGAAAAUUUUGGGGGUGGAUUGUUUAUUUUGUAUUUUUUAAUAAGGUUAAUAUUGAGAUGAUGAUGGAAGCAGCCGGUGCAGCUGUGGCUGCAUGGGGUUUCUUGCUUUAGUAAUGACAUUCAUUCUUGAUGCUUGAGAGACCUCUCGGUGAUGCAGUGCUCUGUUACACUGCAUUUCUGUAUAUUAUUGAUUUUCUUCUUCAACUGUUGAGUCAUAAUGAUGAUAUUAAGAGGUGGGUUGAUUCAAGUAGAACACAGCUCAAGGUCCAGGUCUGAAAUGCAUGGCCCACUACUGUAGCUGUGGACCGGUACUGGACCACCGGUAUUGGACCAUGGAUCAUUUGGAACCUGGCCACAUAGAAAGAAUAUUUUUUUUCUUUAUUUUUUUAUUGACUUUCGUGGUCUGCAGUGUGUUUUAUUUUUUUUUUUUUUAAAUGACAACUUCUGCCUUUGCCAAUUUCCCACGCUUGUUUCAGUCAGUAUUUUUAUGCAUCGCACUGAUUCUGCAUUAUCGGGAGCUGAGUUACAUUUUCAUUAUAUAUGUAAUUAAAUUCAUAAUGAAAUCAUAUAUGGAUAAUAGUCAAAUAAUAUGUACGUUAUUGCGCGUUAAUGGAAUGAAAAAUACUCUGAUAAAGUACAGCUGUGUAACGGUGCUACGACUAUACGCUCAUUAGGUACAGCGAUGGUUGCAACAUCUGGCUGUAAUAUAUAAUGCAAAUAAAGUGGCUACAGAGGCUGGUCCUCUCUCACUUCCAGAGCAAUGACGUAGACAAUAGAGAAGGUGUGUGUGUCUGUGUGUGUGUGUGUGUGUGUGUGUGUGUGGGGAGCUGGCGCGUGUGAGUGACCGCGCGCGCGCUCUAUCCAUCCUCCAGUCUGCUGUGGAGCGACAGGAGAAGAGAGCAGCUUCAGGUGAACGACCACUGACCGAACAGCUUCACAGGCAAAAUCAGCCAAUAUUUUCUGUACGAGCUUUGACCUUUUGUUUUAUUACUAUAAUAUAUAAAAACUGAACAAAGUCGUGUUUUACAGUGAACUUAUUUGGGGCUUUUUCACUGUCUGAUUGAGAUGUGAUCAACUCGACAGAAAAAGGUCAAAGCUCUGGUGAACAUGGACUCCCUCCUGAAUGAAACUUCGGAGAACACAACCUUCAGCGUGUCUCCUCCAUCUCUCUCCUCUUUCAAUGGACUGAACCUCCUGAUGGAAUUAAAGAUGCUCUUUGUGCCUCUCUACGCUAUGCUAGUUCUAGUAGCCUGCUGUGGAAAUCUCUUUCUCCUUUUCCUCAUUGGAUUGAACAGGAAGCUUCACAGCACAACAAACUUCUUGAUUGGAAACUUGGCCCUGGCCGACUUGGUGAUGUGUCUUUUCUGUGUGCCCCUGACUGUAUUUUAUGCCUUUGAUGAGCGUGGCUGGGUUUUUGGGCAUUUUAUGUGCCGUUUUGUAUCGCUUAUGCAGACUGCAACUGUCUUUGCGGCAGUUCUGUCUCUGACCGCCAUAGCAGUGGACCGAUACAUUGUGGUUGCUUAUCCUAUCCGUCGACGUGUAGGCCGCCAUUUUUGCGCUGGCCUGGUUUUGAGCAUAUGGUUUUGUGCCCUGGUAAUGUCCAUCCCAGCCACUCUGCACACUAUGUAUUUGGAUUUAAGUGCUGCUGGUCAUCACAUGGCUGUGUGUGAGGAGUUCUGGCAAGAGCAGGAGCUUGGUCGGCUUAUCUACUCGUGCUUCUUUUUGCUCCUUUCUUAUUUCGUUCCUCUUGCAGCUGUGUCUAUAUCCUACUGUGCCAUUUCGUGCCACCUCCAGCACAGGGCCACACAGCGACUCAUAGCUGCCAUUCCCUCCAAUCAGGAGAAAUGGGGCCGUAAAAGGCGCAAGACCUUUCGCCUGCUGCUGAUAUCGGUGCUGUGCUUUGCAUUCUCCUGGCUCCCCUUGCAGGUGGUCAACCUCAUCCGUGACCUGGACACUGACUUUGUUAUCUUGAGCAAGAGUCAUAUCAAUGUGAUUCAGGUCUCCUGCCAUUUGUUAGCCAUGAGCUCGGCAUGCUUUAACCCUUUUAUCUACGCAUCUCUGCAUGACAAGUUUUUGUCCUAUUUGUGCCGCCACAUGUUCCGGAGGCGCAGACAAUCUCAGGCACAGAGUAGCUCCACCACCUCCAGCCGCUUACCACGCCAACACACCAACUCCACCCUAUCUGCAAUUCCUAUGGCUGUAAGCAAGACACUGCAAGAGGAAAUUUAGUCAGUUAUGCGUUCCUAGAAAUGGUACUUCCCCCUAACAAGUUGUCACCAUGUUUAUGUUGAUGUGUGCUGUACUGUACUGUACUGUACUGUAGGAUGGAAGUUGUAUACACAAAUGCUGUGCAAAGCCUGCCAAACAUAUUCUCAAGAGUAACAGUAUAUAGUAAUAGUAAGCUGUCCUGUAUAUGUUAUUAACACUCAAAGCAAUGCUAUGACUGUUUAAGAACACAUGGCAAUGCAUUUUUUUCACAUUUCAUUUGCAUGGCCAAUCUGUAUUGUUGAAAACUGUAAAGUGUGUACAGGUGGUUGUAAUAUGAAACUGUUUUAGUGCAUGUAUUGUGAAUAUAUUUUAUUGCAUUUGUUAAUUUCAUAUAUUUCUUAAAUUCAAUUUUUUGUCCUCCUUUACAGAAAAUGUGAAGAAUAAACAAAACAUUUUCCAAUUAA